AUAAGUGCCGGUUGUUUACAACGCAGAGCAACGUGUAAUACGAUUAUCUUAGCAUAUUUAGCAUACCGUUCGGCAUAAAUAAAAACAAUGUUAUGUAAACUGCUUUUAAUUAGCGUGAGCGCACUUUUAUUGUUCAAAAGUGCAACCGGAGACGAGUCAUGUCAAACGUUCCUCGGUGGGAGUGUCUACCCUCACUCGGAUAAGGGCCGUGAACAUAAUUUGCAAGUUUCGAAAGCCGUUAUAUCCAAACCGGCGCCGUUUUGGGAGAGCACGGCCGUAAAAAACGGGGAAUUCAUCACUUUGAAAUCGAGCGAUUACUUGGGGAAGUACCUAGUGUUUUUCUUCUACCCAUUAGAUUUUACAUUCGUAUGUCCCACGGAAAUAUUAGCCUUCAGCGAUAGGAUAGAGGAAUUCAAAGCGAUCAACACGGAAGUGGUGGCUUGUUCGGUGGACUCGCAUUACACUCACUUAGCAUGGAUGAACACCCCCCGAAAGGAGGGCGGAUUGGGUAAAGUCAAUUUCCCUCUACUCUCCGAUCUGACCCACAGCAUAUCGAAAGACUACGGAGUGUAUUUGGACGAUUUGGGGCACACCCUCAGAGGAUUGUUUAUAAUCGAUACUAAAGGCGUUGUAAGACAGAUUACGAUGAACGAUUUACCCGUUGGUAGGAGUGUGGAUGAGACUCUUCGAUUAGUGCAAGCUUUUCAAUAUACAGAUGAAAAAGGGGAGGUGUGUCCUGCAGGAUGGAAACCCGGACAGGAUACUAUUAUUCCGAAUCCCAUCGAGAAGAAGAAAUAUUUCGAAAAUCACUAACAGUUUGUUGCGAUAUUAUUAAGCAUCACAAUUUUUUCGGAUACAACACAAGUUUCGUCACUAUUUUUGUAAUGAAAAACGCAUCUAAUUUUGGUGAU